AUGUCUAGUACUAGCACUGGAACAUUGCCCGCUCUUACAAUCGACACAGAUGUCGGCGUUAAUCAUAACCCCGCUUGUCCGUUAAUUCCAAACCAACCAUCAAUCAUUCCAAAAUUUGAAUCAACGAGGAGGAAAAAAAGAAGUCGAAUCACUGCAAAGUUAUCACGAUUAAAAUCCAAGGGUAUUUCUAGUAGUUCAAGUACAGACGAACAAG